GUGACGGUUGCUGAGUACCUCAGCCCUCUCCGAGCUGUGGCAAUGCCAUGGAAAAGAGCGAUGAGAUUGACUCCAAGAUUCACUCCGGGCAUUUCACCUACGAGGUGCCCCCCCGAAAGAUUGCUUGCGGCGUUCACCACAGUGUUGCGGUGACCAACCUCGCUGAGCCUUUGACCUAUUUGUCAGACAACUCGCCCCCCGUAGUUUACGGAUGGGGGCGAAACGUGUACAACGUCAUCGGCUGUGGUGAUGAAGUCCGCGCAGCGAGCACGCCGACAAAGAUCGACUGCCAUGACUUUGCGAAACUGCCAGGUAUCUACGAAGUCGCCUGUGGUCACAGCCACACCCUGUUCCUGCGGAAAAACCGCCAUGGCCCUGGAGGCGAAGUUUUCGGCAGUGGCCUAGGAAAUCGUGGGCGGCAAGGGUACCCCAAUCCCAACGCGGAUGAAGACGAUACUCCCGAAGUGGAGGACAUUUGGUUUGUGGAGAGCCCCCGGCACAUUCCCAUAGGGAGCGUUCCCAUUGUCCGGGUGGUUUGUGGUGCAGACCACAGCCUAGUGCUCGACUUGCAUGGUUUGAUCUAUGCCUGGGGCAUGAACGGAGAAGGUCAAUGCGGCGUGGGGCGCUCAGGCGACGUCUUCGCUCCCGAGCGCGUUGUAAUGCCCACGGUGCAGGGUGGCGGACAGGCUUUGGUGGCUCACAUGGCAGCAGGGAGCAGGCAUUCCAUGUUUGUGAGCGCCAAGGAUGGCAGUAUGGGCAGCACCGCGGGGGGCAAGGUCUACGUGUGGGGCUGUAAUGCUUCCGGUCGCCUGGGUUUGGGCCACGACCGCAACGAGCUCGCCCCUGUCCUCGUCGAAGCACUCCUCAGCUGCAAGAUCUCGCUGGUCGCUGCGGGGGAGGCUCACAGCGGUGCUGUCGACGUAAGCGGCGCCCUUUGGCUUUGGGGCCUCGGCUCCUACGGCCGCUUGGGCCUCGGCGAGAUCAUGGACGUGCCGCUGCCAAGGAGGAUCUCCAUGCCAGAUGAAGCCAGGGUGAGUCAGCUGGCCCUGGGAAGCUUUCACAGCGUGGCAGUGGCCGGCACUGGAAGAACCAACUGUCUCUAUACUUGGGGCUAUGGGGAAGUCUUGGGGAACAAGAUGGGCGGCAUCGCCCCAUCUCCCCUCCUCGUUGCGUUGGAGGAGCUCAGCAAAGCCCAGGUGCUGCAAAUUGCGGCAGGACCUUACCACACUUUGGUACUCAUGGAGGACGGCGAGAUCAUCACUUUCGGCCAGGGAGCCAGUGGACGUUUGGGCACAGGUAGCAACAAGAACCAGAAGGUUCCGGCGAAGAUCGGCCCCUACGGCUUCGCCACCAAGCUGAAGACGGCGGAAGGCGAGCGGACGGCGCAGAAGAGGCCCUUGGAGCAUCCCUCAGAGAAGACCUUGAAGAAGGCCCUCUCCAGCGCCCCGGGCAGCGGCAAGCAGAGCUGGGAGAUUGCCUGUCUGGAGUGCGGGGACAUGUUCAGCUGCGCGGUGACCUGGCACGGGGCCCUCUACACCUGGGGCUCCGGCGCGCGGGGGCAGCUGGGCACCGGCAGCCUGCAGGACAGUUGGGUGCCUAAGGUGGUGCGGAUGCCAUCUGGAAGGCUGGUGAAAUCAGUAGCCUGCGGCCGUGAGCAUUGCAUCGCCGUGACCUACGACGGCAAUGCCUAUGCUUGGGGCAAGGGUGACAAGGGCCAACUUGGAGUCGGACGGAAUGAGGAUACAGCCACGCCGAAGGCUGUGGGGAUCACCAAUGCGCUGUGCUGCGCGGCUGGGGAGGACCACAGCGGUGCCAUUUGUCGGAGUGAAAGCGAGAAUGAGCUGUACAUGUGGGGCGCCUCGGAGCUGGGGAAGCUGGGCCUGGGCUCGGCUCAGCUCAGCUCCACGGACAGCCCCCCCGCCUGCGUGCGGGGCUUCGGGAAGGCCGACUGCGUCCCCAUCUCCCUGAGCUGUGGCCAGUACCACACAGCGGUGAUUUGUGCUCGCAAAAGCGAUACAGAAGGAGACCGCACUGGGCGCGUUUGGACCUUCGGCGGAGGUUGGUUUGGCAAGCUGGGGCACAAUGAUAUGGAGAAUCAGUAUGAGCCCAAAUUGAUCCAGAGCUUGGUUGUGCGGAUCCGCUCUGUCCAUUGUGGAGCGUAUCACAGCUGUGCUUUAAGCUACGAGAAGGGUGUGGUCAACGACAACGGCGAGAUGGCAGGCGACCUUUGGGUCUGGGGCCGCAAUCGCUGCAUUUGUGAGCACGAGAAUGCCAAGGUGCCAAUCAAGUUCAUGCAGAUUGAUGGCCAGCCAAAGGUCACCUGCGUAGCCACGUCUGACAUGACUACAAUGCUGGUAACAUCAGCAGGACUCGUCUACGCCUGGGGUGACAACCGCAACGGUCAGAUUGGCUUGGAAGGUGGCAAGAAGGAGUCGCCCCAGCCAGAGAUCAUUGGGAACCUGCCGCAGCCGCCCAUCUUGAUGUGUGCUGGACCGGGGCACAUGGUGGUCUAUGCCAGGAACAAGGCGAUGCUGGCUUGGGGAAACCAAAGCUGCGGACGCCUGGGACUGCAAGAGAAGAAGAUGGAGAAGGUGCUCUUCAAGCCGCGCAUGGUGCGGGCGGAGUGGGGCUCCAUUGAGGCCAUGAGCGGUGCUGACGAGGAAGGUGAAGCCGGCAAGAAAGUGACAGCUGCAGCAUUGGCAACCAUCGGAGAGGCACAGGAGGCGGAUGCAGGCACCGAGGGCUCCGUGGACGACGGAGACGAGGAAGAUUUUCAAAGCACCAAGGAGAACAUGCUUUACGCCAUCACUUCAGGCCAGAAGGUUCAGCGCUUCUCGACCAUGCAGACUAUGCUCAGGGAAGAACCUGAAAGCAACAAGAUCAGCAGCUUGCACAAGCACGAAAAGGAGCUGAAAAAGCUGGUGGAGAGCAGCGUGCAGAGCCUCGCCACUGUGCCGGAGAAGGAGCGGCGCCUCUCGGUGGUGCUGCAGGAGCGGGUGGAAAAGGGCAUCGUGUACCUGAACAACGUGCUGCAGCACCAUGUGCAUAAAGACCCGGAGCGCGAUCGACUGGAUCAGGAGCUCAUGGCGCGCAUGCCGUCCUACGAGGAGCUCUUCACGGUGCUGCAGCUGCAGAUCUCCUACCUCGCCUCGUUGUCUAUGACCAUCAAAGACGAGGCAAUGGCGGAGGUCUUCGUCAACGUGGUUUGCGCCAUUUUCGCGGAUCUCCAUGACAGCAGGAUCAGGAAUCUGUUUAUCCUUCUGCUGCAGCUGAUGACAUCCAAGGAGUUAGAGCAGGCGAAGCACAUUGACGACGUCUUCCAGCCCAACAGCCGGGUCUUUCGCCUCUUCUCCUUCUUCGCACUUCACCGCUUUCACUUCGAGGAGGUGAUCCAUCCGCUCAUGGACUGCCACAAGACGGACGAGCAGGGCCAGCCGGUGACCUUGAUGGGUGCUGUCACCUACAAGACGCUGGAGAAAGGCCAGACCUGGUCCCUGGAGUUCGGCCACUACCUGAAGUCCCCGUCCAUCGCGGCGAAGCUCAAGGAGCAGGCGCCCCAGGAGCUCCGCGCAGACUUCACCAAGGAGCUGGACAUGUUCUACGACUUCUUCAAAGUGGACGUGGUGUCGUCCAUUGGCCGCCUGGCGCUGGCGCCGAGCUUCUGGAGCUUCUUCGCCUUUUGCCGGGACAGCAUCAAGGAGUGUCAGCUGGUGGGCGGGGAGGAGGAUGAGGCUGGCACAGAGGUGGAGUUGAAGAUUGCGGAGCCCUUGUUCCGCCUCUUCUUGAACGGCAUAAUGCUUCCACUUCUUCGUGAUCCCAAGAAGUUUGGUGGCAAGGAGGUCGGCUUGCUACACUGCGAGAAGAACAACUCGGAUGGCGAUGUUCUCUUCAACCUCAGCACGGUGCGGGACGCCUUUGAGGAUUUGACGGUGCCGGGGGGCAAGAAGCGGCUGGGCAAGAUCCGGGCGAGGCUCAAGCCGGAGAUCCUGCGGUACCUGCUGGAGCGCUCGGCGAACGCGUCGAACGCGGAGGACCCGGAGAGCGCGGUGAUGGUGCAGACGUUGGUGCGGCACUAUGACCGGGAACCCAGGAGUAUCUAUGUUCCCACUUCACCACUGGUGAAGUUUCAGAACUUGCUUGUGACCAACGUCAACAAGAUCAGGCAGCAGUCCGGAGAUCCCCUGGACGAGGUCUGCAGGAAGAUCGGACUGUGCUCAGAGGCUUUGGUGAAGGAGGCGAUUGACAAGGCAGAGAAGGGCUCGGAAGUUCUCCACCGCAUCACCAUCCAGCAUCGAUUCCUCUUCACAGAAAGAUCCAUGACGAUCUGCCAGGUUUCGCGCUGCACAGUGCCCCUGCAACUCAGUGCCGGAGGUGGCAAGCCAAGCGAGGAGGGCAAGCUGUCCGAGAAUGUGGAUGUCAUUCGUACCUUGAAGGAGGAUAACAACAACAAGGUGCUGGAGGAUCUUUUUCGAAGCCUGCCACCUUUGCGAUCCUCGAACUUCUUGAGUCUCAAGGAAGAGUUUGAGGCUCUGUUGAAGCAAUGCUCGCAGAACCCUACCCUGGAGGAAAUGCUCUCUCAGGGCAUCCAAGCGGUGGGCGACUUGAUCGAGACCGAGACCAGCGUGGAGGAGGUGCUGGAGGCCAUGGCCGCGGUGAUCCUGGCCAGGAACCGCCACAGUCGGUAUUUGCAAACCAUGCUCCUGGGCCUCUCGAGGCUCCCGAUGGAAAGAGACCGCCAUGCGGAAGCGAUCCGCAGGGGUGAGCUGGAGCUCAAGGCGGUCAUCGAGCACUCCAAGACCAUGACUGUGCCGGACCGGAUCAGCAACGUGGCCAAGUUGGAGUCAGCGAUCCUGAAGGGAAACGACUUGCCCUUCAUGUUGCAGAAGCAGGCUGCCAGGGAAAGGACCAAGACCAGUCACAAGGUGGUGAGAUACAAGUUGGAGGAGCUCCUGAGCUCCGGGAAAGUGCUGGAGUGCUUCAGUGAGCUGGAAACGGUGCAAGGCAAGGUCUACUUGACCAUGUGGUCUGUGGACUCCGAUGUCGUAGUACAUGUGGGGCUUCUGGAAGAAGCAGAUUUCAUGCUGGAGUUUGUGAAGCAGUUCAAGAUUCCUGAGGAUGUCAUCAAGCAGCUUCCCUUCUCAGACAAGAAUGACACGACCGGCCUUCCACUGCAAGGCCCAUUCAUCAUGGAGUGGCGCAGCCUUGAGCUGGCGAAGCUACUGAAGGAGGUGCCACCGGCAGACUGAGAGCGCAGUCGCCAGGCGGGCGGUGCGCGAGGUCCCUCAGAUGAAAGUUGGGUGUGGGU